CUUCCUUAAUACAUCAUGCGGUAUAUUGUUGUCAGUUGUGUAACUGCUGUACGAUAACUCCCAGCUUCCACAGCCUGCUGUUUCGUCUGUCUAUAGAUAUAUACGCAGGAACCGCCGCCCAGCACACCAGAAGCCACUCGCCAUGGGGGAACGCUCUCUUCUCAGCGUGGUGGUGCUGGUGGGGCUGUGGGCUGCUGCGGCGGCCCAGACCGUGGGCUACGAGAACCCCGCCUGCGACGGGAAGACGGUCAUCGUUCACCUCUUCGAGUGGAAGUGGACCGACAUCGCCCUAGAAUGUGAACGUUUCCUAGCUCAGGCCGGCUUCUGCGGUGUCCAGCUCUCGCCGCCUAACGAGCACGCGGUCAUCACGUCGGACUAUCCGUACCCGUGGUGGCAGCGAUACCAGCCCGUCUCCUACAAGCUGACCUCGCGCUCCGGCACCGAGGAGGAGUUCAUCGACAUGGUCCACCGCUGCAACGCCGUGGGAGUCAGGAUCUUCGCCGAUGCGGUCGUGAAUCACAUGGCGGGGUUGGGUCGCCAGGGCGUGGGCUCGGCGGGCACCAGCUUUGAGACUGAGCCGCUGAACUUCCCUGGAGUCCCCUACACCGAGGAGCACUUCACACCCAAGGACAUAUGCCCUUCAGGCGAUGGCAUGGUCAAUAACUACGGUGACCCUUACAACGUGCGCAACUGCUACCUGGUGGGGCUGACGGACCUGUACGGCGCCACCGACUACGUGAGGGAGCGAGUGGGCGAGUACUUCAGUAGGCUCGUGGACAUUGGCGUCGCCGGCUUCAGGGUUGACGCUGCCAAGCACAUGUGGACUGAGGACCUGGAGGCCAUGAUGACAUUGACCAGCGACCUCAACACCGACCAGGGCUUCCCCGCCGGCACUCGUCCCUUCUUCUAUCACGAGGUCAUCGACAGGAACGACGGCGCUGUCACGGUGCAGGAGUACUACGGCCUAGGCCGUAUGACGGAGUUCCGGUACUCGCAGAAGAUCGCGUGGGGCAUCCAGGACCCCGGGCAGCUACAAGGCGUGUACGACCCCGGCUGGGGCAUGGCCGACUCCGACAAGGCCUUCGUGUUUGUUGACAACCACGACAACCAGCGCGGACACGGUGGAGCAGGAGAUACUCUCACACACAAGUACCCCAAGGACUACCGGCUGGGCGUGGCCUUCACCCUGGCACAGCCCUACGGCUUCACGCGCAUCAUGUCGUCCUACGACUUCGGUGAGGACUCCGACGCCGGGCCCCCGCACCUGUCAGACUACAGCACGGCCAGCGUGGUGGUCAACAGUGACAACCAGUGUGACGGGGGCUGGGUCUGCGAGCAUCGUUGGCUCUCCAUCUACAAAAUGGUGCGGUUCCGGAACGCCGUGGCGGACUCUGACUGGUGGGAGAACUACUACAGCGACGGCAACGUGGUGGCCUUCUCGAGGGGCGACAAGGGCUUCUUCGCGAUGGUCAAGUACGGCACCGUCACUCAGACCUUCCAAACGGGCAUGCCCGCCGGAACGUACGAGGACGUGGUGUCCUGCCAGAGUGUGACCGUCGGCAGUGACGGCACCGUCGAGAUAUCCAUCACCAACGAGGAGGAGCCCGUCUUUGCCAUCUGCGUGGGCUGCGACUGCUCCGAACCGCCUGUUGUUACUGCCACACCUGAACCAGACCGCACGACGACCACGACCACCACCACUCAGGGGCCGACGGAGCCCAGCAUCACGGAGGGCAUCCACCGCACCGUCGUCUUCAUGUACAAACAGACAAACGACGGCCAAGAUCUGUUUGUGCGAGGUGGCAUUGACGGCUCCCAGCGGCCUGGCUGUACCCAAGACGCCGCGACGGACCCGUGUGCCAUCGACAUCACCACCAACUCCCUGGGGACGAGCAGCCACUACGACAAGUACAACGCGUGGCGCGAUGGGGACACCCGCCUGGACUGGAUGGGCGCCGAGACAGGGCAGGGCACCUACAACAGCCAGGAAGCCUCAGGCACACCCCUGGCCUGGACCUCCAGCAACUCUGGAAACGCCGGCUAUCAGGACUUGAACACGUAUGGCGACCACUACUGGAUGGUUGACAUGGACAUGGACUGCUCCCAGACGGAGGACGGAUGGUUCGAGGUGAAAGCUUACCUCACCAACGCUGGAAACGGCUGGGAGGGGGACAUCAGCCAGACGGGGCCCUGCUCGGGGACGGCUGGCGGCAGUGCCCACUACACCAGCGCCAACCAUCUGGGUCGCUGCGGCUUCGUCAACGCCUUCGUUUUUGACUCGUCCAACUGCAUCAUUGACGCUUUCCCCUAAGUGACAAUCUCGUCCAUUACAAUAAAGUCUGCAGGAAA